GCGGGCGGAGAGCAGCCCGGAGCCCGGGAGACCUGGCAGAGUUGCAACUCGCAGGCCAGCAGACGGACUAGCAGCCAGUGGCUCCAGCCGAUCGACCGGGGACUCCCUCAGUGAGACGCCGUCCGUUCCUGCUUCGGCUGCAAAAGCCCUUCAGAGCCGCCUGCCCGAAUUUCUCCGCACCGGCUCUGCUGCAGCAAGGAGCGGCUCUCGGUUCUGCCCAGCCGGACUUCGGGUUUCGCUGCCCCGGCCUCUCUGCUCGCCGGAGCGGAGCACUUCAGCGCCCAGACCCAGCCGGCAGCCUCGCCGGCCGCGGAUGACAGCUGCUCCUUCCUCCUGAGCAGGAUGGCCGCCGUGGACACCAACAACAACAACGCCCCAGGAGGUGUGAUCAGCUACAUCGGCUCUAACGGAUCCUCUCCAAGUCGAACGAGUCCCGUCUCUCUGUGUGGCAGUGAUAGCUCCAACGGCAGUUUCCAGCUAUCCUCCCAACCCACCUUUCCUAGUUACUUCCCUCCCUCGCCCACCGGAUCUCUGGUGCAGGAUGUUGGACGUCCAUACGGGAGUAGCUCAGCUGGUCUGCGUGAGGAUGCCUCUCCUUCUUCCUCCUCCUCCUCUUCCUCGUCUUACAGCUCUGGAGGUUCUCCAGUGGGGCUGCAGAUGGCCGUGGAUGACAGGAGGCGGGUUUCCCCUACCAAAAGCACCAGCAGUAGUAUUACAAAGCUCAACGGGAUGGUCCUACUGUGCAAAGUGUGUGGAGACGUGGCCUCAGGAUUCCACUAUGGCGUCCACGCUUGCGAAGGCUGCAAGGGUUUCUUCCGACGGAGCAUCCAGCAGAACAUCCAGUACAAAAAGUGCCUGAAGAACGAGACGUGCAACAUUGUGCGCAUCAACCGGAACCGUUGCCAGCAGUGUCGCUUCAAGAAGUGUCUGGCGGUCGGCAUGUCCCGGGAUGCUGUCCGUUUUGGGCGCAUACCGAAGCGCGAGAAGCAGCGGAUGUUGGCAGAGAUGCAGAGCGCCAUGAACAACAUGGCCAACAACCAGCUGAGCAUGCAGAGCCCUCCAGAGAGCUUGCCAACGGGACAUCCGCAGCCAGCUAACCCCUUGCUGUGCCGCCAACCCCAGCUGGCCCCCCAUUCUCCGCCACCCCACGUGGCCUCACCACCUCAGCCGUCCCCUUGCUUCUCCCAGUUCUCUCAGCAACUGACGCCCCCGCGCUCCCCAAGCCCUGGGGAUGUCAUGGAAGACGUCAUCUCACAAGUGGCCAAGGCCCACAAGGAGAUCUUUGUUUAUGCCCACGAUAAACUGGCCACGGGGCCCCUUCCGCCCACGGUGGGUGAUAAUUCUCUUGGUUGGGAGAACACUUGGCUCAACAAUGGCAACGAAGUUUGUCUGCAGAAUGACAACUGGAAUGCUGGCUCCCCUCCCAGUAACACCUGUCACCAGAAUAAUAUCAACGGGCAUCGUUUUUGCCCUUCUGGAUAUCCCUUGCUGGAGAUGGACCCCUCCAACAGACAGGGCUGCCCCCGGCAAGGGGAACCCAAAGACAUACUCUUGGCAUGUCCCAUGAACUGUCACCCCCACGGUCGCAGUGGCCGCACAGUCCAGGAAAUUUGGGAGGAUUUCUCACUGAGCUUCACGCCAGCUGUCCGAGAGGUGGUGGAGUUUGCCAAACAUAUCCCGGGGUUCCAAGAUCUUUCCCAGCACGACCAGGUCUCCCUCCUGAAAGCAGGCACAUUUGAGGUGCUGAUGGUUCGGUUUGCCUCCCUCUUCAAUGUUAAGGAGCAGACAGUGAUGUUCAUGAGCCGCACCAAGUACAGUCUGGAAGAGCUGUGGGGGAUGGGCAUGGGGGACCUACUGACCUCCAUGUUUGAGUUCAGUGAGAAGUUGGGUGCCUUGGACCUCUCUGAAGAAGAGCUGGGCCUCUUCACUGCUGUGGUGCUGGUCUCUGCAGAUCAUUCCGGCAUAGAGAAUCCGGUGUCUGUGGAGCAGCUUCAGGAGACGCUCAUCCGUGCCCUCCGGGCCCUGAUCCUCAAAAACCACCCACAGGAGACAUCCCGCUUUACCAAGUUGCUGCUGAAGCUUCCUGAUCUCCGCACCCUCAACAAUAUGCACUCUGAAAAACUGCUCUCAUUCCGCAUAGAUGCUCAGUAGAUGGAUAAGGUGGGGGAGAGAGGCUGCUUCAGCUGCCUCCCCCUCGUUUCCGCCAUUGCACUAACUGGACUGUUCCUGGGCCUGGACCCAGCUUCCUUAUUUAUAUAUUGGUGUAGCCACAGCUGCUGCCCCCUUACCUGCCUGGACCGAAGCGGCGCAUCGACUUUGUAAAUAUAUAUCUGUGUAUAUUGGAGUUGUGUGGAUAGAACUGCCACUCUUUCCCUGCCACACAGGAAUAAUAUAUUGAAAAGCAAACUG